GCCUCGCAGGUGCACCUCGGGCUUUGUAGGUGCGAGCGUCUUUGUGCGGCCGACAAAUGGGGAGAGGACGAGGAGGUGGGCACUCGAGCGACGUAAGAUCCACAUCAGCUCAACUGCACUCGUCUCGCAGAGGCCGCCCGCUCACUUCCCGCGGAGGCGCUCCCGGGCGCCGCGCUCCGCGGCCGCCGCCUGCCCCCGCCCGCCGCGCCGCCUCCGCCGCGCACGCCGCGCCCCGCAGCGCCUGGCUUCCUCCUCGCUAGGGUGGCGUUGGGCUGGCGCGGGCGUUCGGGUGACUGCAGCUGCUCGGCUCCCCGCCCCCCAGCCCUGCGCCGCGCGGUCGCCCGUCGCUUAGCACUGGGCUGGAUGGUUGCAUCGGGCAGGGUGGCUCCAGGAUGUUAGGGACUGUGAAGAUGGAAGGGCAUGAGAGCAGCGACUGGAACAGCUACUACGCGGACACACAGGAGGCCUACUCCUCCGUCCCCGUCAGCAACAUGAACUCGGGCCUGGGCUCUAUGAACUCCAUGAACACCUACAUGACCAUGAACACCAUGACCACAAGCGGCAACAUGACCCCAGCUUCGUUCAACAUGUCCUACGCAAACCCGGGCCUGGGCGCCGGCCUGAGUCCGGGCGCCGUGGCUGGCAUGCCGGGAGGCUCUGCGGGCGCCAUGAACAGCAUGACGGCGGCGGGCGUGACGGCCAUGGGAACGACGCUGAGCCCGGGAGGCAUGGGCGCCAUGGGCGCGCAGCCCGCGGCCUCCAUGAACGGCCUGGGCCCCUACGCAGCUGCCAUGAACCCGUGCAUGAGCCCCAUGGCGUACGCGCCGUCCAACCUGGGCCGCAGCCGCGCGGGGGGCGGCGGCGACGCCAAGACUUUCAAGCGCAGCUACCCGCACGCUAAGCCGCCCUAUUCCUACAUCUCGCUCAUCACCAUGGCCAUCCAGCAGGCGCCCAGCAAGAUGCUCACGCUAAGCGAGAUCUACCAGUGGAUCAUGGACCUCUUCCCCUAUUACCGGCAGAAUCAGCAGCGCUGGCAGAACUCCAUCCGGCACUCGCUCUCCUUCAACGACUGCUUCGUCAAAGUGGCGCGCUCCCCAGACAAGCCGGGCAAGGGCUCCUACUGGACGCUGCACCCGGACUCCGGCAACAUGUUUGAGAACGGUUGUUACUUGCGCCGCCAGAAGCGCUUCAAGUGUGAGAAGCAGCCGGGGGCCGGGGGCGGCAGCGGGAGCGGGGGUGGCGGCGGCGGCGCCAAGGGCGGUCCUGAGAGCCGCAAGGACCCCUCGAGCGCCGCCAACCCCAGUGCCAACUCGCCCCUUCAUCGGGGCGUGCACGGGAAGGGAGGCCAGCUAGAGGGCGCGCCGGCCCCCGGGCCGGCUGCCAGCCCCCAGACUCUGGACCACAGCGGGGCGACGGCAACAGGGGGCGCCUCGGAGUUGAAGACGCCAUCCUCCUCGGCUGCGCCCCCGAUCAGCUCCGGGCCCGGGGCGCUGGUAUCUGUGCCCCCCUCCCACCCGGCGCACGGCCUGGCUCCCCACGAGUCCCAGCUGCACCUGAAAGGGGACCCCCAUUACUCUUUCAACCACCCUUUCUCCAUCAACAACCUCAUGUCCUCCUCGGAGCAGCAGCACAAGCUGGACUUCAAGGCAUAUGAGCAAGCACUACAGUACUCGCCCUAUGGUGCUGCGUUGCCCGCCAGCCUGCCCCUCGGCAGCGCCUCAGUGGCCACCAGGAGCCCCAUCGAGCCCUCAGCCCUGGAGCCGGCAUACUACCAAGGUGUGUAUUCCAGACCCGUCCUAAACACUUCCUAGCUCCCUGGGACUGGGGGUUUGUCUGGCAUGGCCAUGCUGGUAGCAAGAGAGAGAGAGAGACAGACAGACAGACAGACAAAGA